AAAACUAUGCAACAUUGCAACCCAUCUAAAAAAUUAAGCCUUUUUUUUCUUUGAGCAAUGGAAACCGAAAACAACAAUUCGGCCAACUUAAAACUCCAACCAAUCCCUUCACCAAUCACACAUUUGUCUUUCAUGGCUUCCCAAAUCUGGCUCAGGAUCAUGGCGGCCGCCACCUCAAUUGCGGCCGUCAUUUUGUUGCUCAAUAGCCGUCAGUCGAAGGUGCUUUUCGGGACCGAUAUGGACGCACGUUACACCUACUCUCCUGCCUUCAAGUUUUUUAUGUUCAUGAAUGUCGUUGCUUGCGCCUUGUCGGUACUGUCGUUGCUGCCGGUUGUGACACUCGGCCGAAAAUUCUCCAACUCGAUCAACUAUUUCUACUUGUUCCUCCAUGAUCUGAUAUUAGCGAUAUUGUUGGCGGGCGGUUCUGGAGCUGCGACUGCUUUUGCUCAAGUGGGCAAGUAUGGGAAUAGCCACGCGGGUUGGAUUCCGAUUUGUGAGAACUUUGGGAAAUUUUGUCACAAAGCAUUUUCUUCCUUGGUCUUGGGUUACAUAGCCGUAUUUUGUUACGUGCUUCUUGUCGUCAUCUCGGCAAAUAAAGCACGACAAAUACCGGUUUAGAAAGCCUGACGUUACUUAUAUGUGUUAUGGAGAUGUGAAAUGACCUUAUGAAAUGUGGAAUAGCGUUAUGAAGAUUGAAGACUUAGUGAUAGUAGUAACUUAUAUGUUUUUUUUUCUUUAAACUAAAGUGUUUAUUUAUUUAAAAAGAAUGCUAAUGCGUUGUAUGUUUUUAAUGCUAAUGCUAAAGUGUAUGAGUCGAGGUGCCCAUUUAGCCAUAAAGUGUGACUUGUAAUGAUUGGUACUA